AUGACGGAGAACUACGACCGUGUAUGGAAAGCGUUAAGCGACUACUAUGAAAAUAAGAGGUUAUUGAUUCGUUCUUACUUCUCUAACUUCACCACCUUUCAAAAAUUGAAAAAUGAGUCAGUCAUCGAGCUCCGGAAGCUGCUUCAUUGCUUGAAAUCUACGACCUCUUCUUUGGAAAGCAUCGGACGUGCUCUGACUAACAGCGAAAAUCUCUUCGUUUUCCUAGCUGCUCAGCUCGAGUCAAUUGAUCCUCCAACGUAUCAAGAGCUGGAGAAGUUUCUUGAUCGACGACUGCAUACAUUAAAAUCUCUGCUGCCUGUCAAAACGGAAGAUUCAAGCUCGGGAAGUGGUUCUUCCAAAUCAACUCGCAGUUUGCACGCCCGCAAACAAGAUAACAAGUUUGAGUCGAAGCGUGGUCGAUGCGCACUGUGUUAUAAAGAUCAUUUUGUGAUGCUUUGCGACGACUAUAAAGGAAAAUCCGCGCAAGAUCAGAAGCGACUGGUUGAAACGAGCGGUCUUUGUUUUAACUGUCUCAGUCGUCAUAAGCUCAGUGAAUGCGCUUCGAAGAAAGUGUGUACCGUCUGCGGAGAUCGUCAUCAUUCAUCGCUGCACGAUGCCUAUCUCAAAGCAGAGGCUGAUAAAACCUCUCUUGUCGUCAGUGAAGAAGUUGGUAAAACCGCUCUUGUCGCGCGUGAAGAGCCGGUCAAGCCGAUCGCCGUUCUCCUUGCCACCGCUCGUAUUCGUGUCGCCGAUCGCUCCGGGAAUUGGCAUCAGGCACGGGCACUCGUCGACCCAGGAUCAGAAACUUCUCUCAUCUCGGAAGAUCUGGCACAAAGGUUGAAACUAUCUCGAUCUGCUUCCUCAGUCGCGAUCUUCGGUGUCGGCGGAUCCAAGGCAGCAGUCGCCCGAGGUCGAAUCGAUCUAUCCAUUUCGCCGCGGUUUCCCGGUCCUGUGGUGACCAUAUCUGCACUCAUUCUUCCAAGGCUGACCAUCUACGCCGGCGGAUCCAAGGUCGACGUAAGGGACGGGACUCAUCUGUCAGGAUUAGAACUCGCCGAUCCUGAAUUUCGCCAAUCAGAUCCGAUAGACGUUCUCCUCGGAGCAGAUGUCUACGCAGACAUUCUAGUCGAUGGACUUCGUCGUGGAGAUGUUCAGCAACCCGUGGCUCAAAACACUUCUCUAGGAUGGUUGCUGUCAGGUGCUUUCCGGCCAUCCUCGUCGGCACACUGCUCUUCAUUUUCAUCGCUUUCCUGUUCCCUUCAGUGCUCCGCCGAGGAAGAAUUAUCUGGGAUCGUUCGGCGCUUCUGGGAGCAGGAAGAAGUUCCGUCCGUUGUUACGUCGCUCUCUAAGGAAGAACUGGAAUGCGAGGAGUAUUUCGUACGGACGCACUCUCGUCAACCAGACGGUCGCUACGUUGUGCGACUUCCUAUCUCUUCGCCUCAGCUGCCGGAUCUUUCAAGAACUCGUCGUGCAGCGGAGAGGUUGUUGAGACAUAUGGAAAGACGUUUCAUUAAGGAUACCCGGUUCCAUUCCCACUAUGUGGAUUUCCUCCUGCAAUAUGAAGACCUCGGACAUAUGACUCGAGUGCCUGUAGCCGAUCCAGCCAUGAAGAGGGUCUGCUAUCUGCCCCAUCACGGUGUUCUACGCGAAUCCAGCAUCAGCACAAAGUUGAGAGUCGUAUUCAAUGGUUUGAGUACUCUGCCAUCUGGAGACUCUCUGAACAGGAGUUUACACGCUGGUCCGAGUUUGCUCCCUGUCCUUUCAGUUAUUCUUCUACUGUGGCGACGUUAUCGUUACGUGUUGGCUACAGACCUGGAUCGUAUCUGCAAGGCGGGCGGAUUUCCUCUCAAGAAGUGGUCAGUCAAUCAUGCUGCCAUUCUGGAAGAGAUUCCGGAAGAAGAUCGGUUGCAUCAGGAGCGAUGGUGGCAAUCUGAAGAGAGCCAUUCAACACUGGGGCUUCGAUGGCAUCCCUUCGACGAUAGUUUCUCCUUCAAAAUCGAACUGCCUCCUGUCGGAACCAUAACGAAGCGAUCUGUGCUGACUGUGCUGUCACGCUCUGCCAAGAUCUUCGAUCCUUUAGGAUGGCUGUCGCCUGCUACUGUACGUGCCAAGAUCUACUUUCAGGCAACGUGGUUGCUGGGGUUCGAUUGGGACGCGUCGCUACCGGAUAAGGACGCCAGACGCUGGCGAGAUUUUUUCUCCGAAGUUCGCUCGCUCGAGGAAAUUCGGGUCCCUCGGUGGAUGGCGGGCGGAACUACCGACGAUGAUUGUACUACCGACGGAUGUCAGCUUCAAAUCCACGGUUUCGCUGACGCUUCAGAGAGAGCUUACAGAGCCGUGAUAUACCUGAGGACGGAGGCUCCAGAAGGUUCAAUACAAGUGAGGCUGAUCGCUGCCAAGAUUCGGGUAGCUCCUCUUAAACAAAUCACACUGCCUCGCCUGGAGUUAUGUGCUUCGUCGCUCCUCGUUCAACUUACAGUACACGUUCGUCAAGUUCUUCAAUUAGAAAAGGUGUCCUGUCAUCUGUGGUCAGAUUCUAUCGUCGCCUUAGGAUGGAUUCGUGGUUACCCCUCCUCUUGGAAGACUUUUGUCGCUAAUAGAGUUAGCGCAAUUCAAACCUCUCUGUCAGGAGCGAUCUGGCAUCAUGUACCCGGAAACGAAAAUCCGGCUGACUGCGCUUCGCGGGGAAUUUCACCAAAGGACUUAAGAAACCAUCCGCUCUGGUGGCAGGAUCCUCCUUGGCUGCAAACCGCACUCAGUUCCUGGCCUGCUUCUCCAGGAGACACUCAUGUGCGUGAACUUCCGGAGAAACGUAAUCAGCCCGUCUCUCUUACCACAACGACUGCUCAGGAGAGCGAGAGCUGUGUCUUCUUCCAGAGAUUUUCUUCGCUGAACCGUCUGCUUCGAGUUUCUUCGUGGUGCCGUCGCUGGCUACGUCUCUCAUCUCAUCAGCAAAGUCGAGUCUCUCAGCUGUUUAAUCCAGAAACUCCGCUUAUACUUCAAGUCACAGAGCUUACUGCUACACGUCAAUGUUUGAUCCGGAUAAUUCAGAGCAUCAGCUUCAAGGAAGAGAUCAGUGCUGUUCGCAAGCAAGCUCCUCUCUCCUCACGCAGCGCGAUUAUCAAGCUGAACCCGUUUCUGGAUGAGCAAGGGUUGCUUCGAGUCGGCGGACGUCUCAAGUAUUCACUCCUCUCCAUCGAUCAAAAACACCCUAUCAUCUUGCCGAGAGAUUCUCACGUCACUCGUUUAAUCAUCGAAGCAGCUCACCGCCGAGUUCUUCAUGGAGGAGUUCAAUUGACUCUUAGCGCCAUCCGGCAGGAGUAUUGGGUGCCUCGCGGCCGGGCGCUCGUCAAGAAGUGGAUCCAUCGAUGUGUCUCAUGUGUCCGAUGGCGGGCGGCUGUCUCUCAGCCACUCAUAGGCGAUCUUCCCGCUCCACGAGUGACACCAGCAAGGCCUUUUCUUAACACCGGUUUAGACUACGCAGGCCCUAUCUGGAUACGAACCUCGAAGGGCCGAGGUCACCGUGCAACGAAAGCAUUUAUCGUCGUUUUCGUUUGCCUGUCUACUAGAGCGGUACACCUCGACGUGGUCUCCGAUUAUACAGCCGACGCCUUCCUAGCAGCCCUGCGCCGGUUCGUCUCUUGCCAGGGUCUGUGCCGUACAUUAUUCAGCGACUGCGGAACGAAUUUUAUAGGCGCUGACGCUCAACUUCGCUCGCUCUUCGCAGCCAGUAAUUCUGAAGGCAAACUCAUCGCUGCUCGGCUAGCGGACGAACAGAUUCACUGGCGAUUCAAUCCACCUGCAGGCCCGAAUUUCGGUGGGAUCUGGGAGGCCGCCGUGAAAUCUUUGAAGCAUCACCUUCGCCGUGUAAUCGGGGACGCGAAACUCACAUAUGAAGAAAUGGCCACGCUGCUAGCUCAAAUUGAGUCAUGUCUAAAUUCACGUCCUCUUCAAGCGAUCUCUGACGACCCCGAAGAUUUAUCAGUUCUCACCCCUGGUCACUUUUUAAUCGGUGCUCCGCUCAACGCUGUUCCUGAGCCCUCGCUCGUUGAAGACCGCAUGGACCGGCUAAGUCGCUGGAAGCAGCUACAAGCGAUGAGGGAUCAUUUUUGGAGCCGCUGGUCGAAGGAGUAUCUUCACUCUCUUGCCCAUCGUCCAAAGUGGCAGCAGCCUGGCGAGGAAAUACAUGUCGGCCGACUGGUUCUUCUGCGUAACGAGACAACGCCUCCGAAUAAGUGGCCUUUAGCAAGGAAAACGGAGUUACACUCCGGAAAGGACGGACACGUUCGAGUCGUGACUGUUCGGACAUCGUUUUCGACUCUCCGGCGACCAGUCAGCAAGCUGGUUCUUCUCCCAGACAGCAUUAUCUCAAGAAACGAAGCUUAAUCUGGAGUUCCUUUUCUUCCCAGUCUUUCUUCCGCGUUUCCAGCUCUUCCGAAUCUCACAGCACCUGUUCACCACUUCACCUUACCACUAAGCUAGUCAGUUUUCUAGCGCGGGAAACGU